AAUAACUGCGGUUCAGCAAACUAUUUUGGCAGCUCGAAUACAUCCGGUACUCCUUUUGUAAUUUGGUUGUUGCCGCAGAAACAAGCAAAAAUGUCGUUGGUUAUUCCAGAGAAAUUCCAGCAUAUCUUGCGUAUCAUGAAUACGAACAUCGAUGGUAACCGCAAAGUUACCAUUGCGAUGACAGCAAUCAAAGGUGUUGGUCGUCGUUAUGCUAACAUCGUGUUGAAAAAGGCCGAUGUCGACUUGACCAAACGUGCUGGUGAAUGCAGCGAAGAAGAAGUUGACAAAAUUGUCACAAUCAUCUCAAAUCCACGUCAAUACAAAAUCCCAAACUGGUUCUUGAACAGACAAAAGGACAUCAUUGAUGGUAAAUACCAACAAUUGACCUCAUCGAAUUUGGAUUCAAAAUUGCGUGAAGAUUUGGAACGCUUGAAGAAAAUCCGUGCCCACCGUGGUAUGCGUCACUACUGGGGUCUUCGUGUGCGUGGUCAACACACAAAAACUACCGGCCGUCGUGGACGUACUGUUGGUGUGUCGAAGAAGAAGUAAACCAACUGAAUUCCUUCGCUCGAUUACACUUAUUUUUUUUAUAUAUCUCUGAUAUGGAAGCAACAAACAUGAAACAGAAAAAAAACCAACCAUAAGAAAACCAUGAAUGUGAACACAUUGGAGAUAAAUUAAAAUUCCACAAAAUA